GCUCUGCUUCCUCUGGACCGGCUGUGGGGGAUACGGGAGGAGGUGGGGCCGCGGCCACAGGGACCGGAACCGGGUCUCCCCAGGACCCGCUGUGGAGGCUUCGGGGGAACAUAGAGCAGCGGUCACAGAGACAGAAACCGGGUCUCCCUAGGACCCGCUGUGAAAGCUUCCGGAGGACGUAUGGCCGCCUCCACGCUGGAAGGAGUCCCGCCUCCUCAGGACCCGCUGUGGAGAAUUCGGGAGGACGUGGGCCCAAGUGCACAGGGACAAGAACCAGGUCUCCCCAAGACCCGGCGCGGGAGGAGCAGAUAUUGCCCAGGUGUCGGAAUGCCUCCAUUGGGUUACCUACAUUUCCGAUAGCCUGUAUUCCUGUUGAAGGUGAAGCCUGGAGUGCUGUAUAGAAACCUCCCCAGCUCCGAACUCCUCACCAGUGCUGUCUUCUUGCUAUGUUUCUGCUCUCCUGCACAUUGAAGGGUUGGGAAGAUGACUAAGCUGGAAGAUCACUUGGAGGGGAUCAUUGAUGUCUUCCACCAGUACUCAGCCCAGGAGGGGCAUCAGGACACCCUUUCCAAGGGUGAGAUGAAGAAGCUGAUGAUGAGGGAACUUCCAAACUCCCUCAAGAACACCAAAGAUCAAGCUACCAUUGACAAGAUAUUCCAAGACCUGGAUGCUGAUAAAAAUGGACAGGUCACCUUUGAAGAAUUUGUAGUCCUGGUGUCCCGUGUGCUACAGACUGCCCAUGAGAAUAUCCACAAAGAGUAGAAAGCUCUGAGGGGCUUUUCUCCAGCAGCGUUCCCAAGAAGACUUUUCCUUCGGAUCACCAAAGCCCAGCCUUACAUGAGGGAAAUGAGAGUUAAAUGUAUUCUUGAAAGUUCUUAA